AUAUAAAUAUUUAUAAAUAUGUUCUAGAUUCAAGAUAUGGAAUCCAACUGAUCAAAUUCUUCUCUAUGGAGGGAGAGAAGAGUAAAAUAUCUGGUCCUGCCCUCAAACGGUUGAAGAAAGAAUUCCAAUCAUUUGCUACGGAGCCUCCAGAUGGAUUAGAACUAUCGGAGGAGACUCUGAAAGGAGAAGAUUUAGGAGUUUGGCAGAUAAAACUGGUUGGUCCAACUAAGACCCUGUAUGAAGGGGAAACCUUCAACCUUCAGUUCAAGUUCGGGAUGAAAUAUCCGUUCGACUCUCCGGAGGUCGUCUUCGUCGGAGACAGUAUUCCUGUACAUCAGCAUAUCUAUAGCAAUGGUCACAUCUGUCUCUCAAUCCUAACAGACGACUGGAGUCCGGCGCUGUCUGUUGAAUCAGUGUGUUUAUCGAUUAUUUCAAUGCUCGCAUCUGCCAAAGAUAAAGUGCGGCCCUCAGACGAUAGUUUCUACGUGAGAACAUGUUCUAAAAACCCCAAGAAAACAAGAUGGUGGUAUCAUGACGAUUCAGUAUGAUCAUAUGUUAUUUAUAAGUCAGGCUCAUCCUUAAUGCAUAAAAGGCGUGACAAUGUUAUAUUUUUAGAUUCCAUUUUCGUGACAAAUGUCGUAUAAAAUUUACAAAUUAAUGAUUUGUAUAUAUAUAAACAUUAAAUUUAUAAGAAAAAUCAUUUAUUCAGCAUUUACAUUUUUUGAUGCUGGAUGGAUACCAGCAUUUGUUAUGUAAACAAAAUUUUGAUGUGUUUAAAUCCUGAACCCCUGUUCAUAGCUUUCAGUAAUUUGUUGGCUAAUUAAAUGCUUCGUGAUUAAUAUUUAGCUGAAACAAUUUUGAUCCUGAUAAUUCAUUCCAGAAUUUCCAGAUUAUACUUAAAGAAAUUCUCAUGUAAAGAAAUAUUUCGUAUUUGAAUAUUUCAGA